AUGGCUGCAUUAAGCUUUACUCCUGCCAGCGGGCAUGAUCUUUUCAGCAUUGAAACAACGGAAAAAUCCAGUUGUGAAAGAAGCAACAUACUUAAUGGGAAUGAGGUCAGGCAGUUUUACGAACAGUUAAUAAAAGAUGGCGAAGGCCAAGAUGUAUCCAGGAGGAGUGCAAUUAGCCAGAAAGAUAAUGGCAGAGAGCAUCAGAAUAAACAGAGGAACAGAGAGUCCAGUAGAAGAGCGAGGAGGAGAGCCAGGGCUGCAGAGAUGCAGCAGGGUCAAACAGAGUAUGUGGUGCAAAGAGUGAUGAGUGGUGAAGGUGAAGCCAACUCAAGACGACAGACAAACAAUUCAGAAAGAACCAUGGAGCUCCUGGGGCUUAGGUUGCUGCGUUGUGCCCAUGAUGGAGACAUCUCUGGCGUUAAAGACCUGCUCUCAAAGGGGGUUGACAUCAACUUCCAGGAUACUUACUUCUGGACAGCGAUGAUGUGUGCAUGCUGGUCGGGACAAAGAGCUGUGGUGAGGCUGCUGCUGCAGCACGGAGCAGCCUGGGUCGGAGUGGUUGAUACACAGGGAAGGGAUGCCAAAGACCUGACGCUGGAAGCGGGCCACAAUGAGGUAUUGGAGGAGUUGGAGAACUAUGGGAGAAGAACACAGAGAGACACACAAUCUGAUAACAGUGCCCGCCAGCCUCAGUGGUGUGGUGUGUGUUGUAGCGAGUACAGCAGUAGCCUGUCAUCACAUCUCUCCUCCACUCUACAUCUCUUCAGUCUGCGUCGUGCUCCACCCACCCCCUACUACUGCCUCCCCCCCUCCAGCAACAGCUACCAGAUGAUGGUUCGUUGCGGCUGGAAACCAGGGACAGGACUAGGGCCCGAGGGAGAGGGGCCGCAACAGCCAGUGCCAACUGUGCUGAAGAGAGACCAAAAAGGCUUGGGGUAUGGACAGAUGAAAAGAGCCAAAGUAACUCACUUCCAACCCAGGGAUCGUGAUGCAGUAAAACCACCAUCCAAGGAGAAAGAGGAGAGAGGAGGAAAAGGACAGAGAAAGGAAGAAAGUAGAAAAAAGGAGCUACAAGACAAGAACUGGGAAAGAGAUUUCCGUGCCUCUUUUUAUCUUUGACUACUGCUUACUGUGACUUUUCUACAAGCCCUUUCUCUCAAACACAUCUCAAAGUAUCUAUAAUAAACAAUCUAUUACGAAGACAAGUUGUACCUGUUGUAAAGCUCCUGGAAGGUGUUUUCUUUUGGAGGGUAUAAAUAUGAAUAUCUUGACUCUACCUCAAAGCUGAAACUGCGUCCAUAUAUGGAAUUAGUUGUGCCGCUGCCCACAGAUGUGCAAUGACCAAAUGUAUUUAAUCUUUUUCAUGGUUGUUUUAAUCUGUGUCACCAAAUAUGGCAUAUUUACUAUUGAUCCACUAAGACAUUCAAAA